AUAGUGGGCGGAGCCUCUGUUGGCUGGCUAAAUGAAGCGACCUUUUCACACUCAGUCCUCUCUAUGGACGAAUGCGAGUACGAGCGGACGUGGAGCAAGCAGUCUCGAGCACCUUCUCAGCAGUCUGCAUAUUCAUUUAUUUACACCAGGAUUUAUGUCCAUCUCUCCAGAAAUAUAUGGAUUAUGCGAAUGACGCUCAGAACAGCCCACAACAUCUAAACCGGGUUACGAUGAUCUCAGUUUUUAUCGUUAUGUGAUUGAAUUUGCUUCACAAAACAGCGUUAUAUUUUCAUUGGCGAAUAACACAAACAAAUUUAUUUGCAUCGCGACCCUUCAGAGCACGAACAUGGAUGAAGAUAAUCGAGUGCCUGAUGAUUUGUCACUUGAAGAAAGAGAUGAGCUGUCAAACAUCAGAAGAAGAAAAAAAGAGCUGCUAGAUGACAUUGAGCGGUUAAAGUUUGAGAUCUCUGAAGUCAUGACAGAGAUUGAGCAUUUAACAUGCGUCAGAGAAAACAAAAGUACUCAGAGGAACAAACAGAUUGCAGUCGGACGAAAGAAAUUUAAUAUGGAUCCUAAAAAGGGAAUCCAAUUUCUUUUGGAGAACGAUCUUCUGCAACACACACCUGAGGACAUCUCGCAGUUUCUCUAUAAAGGCGAAGGCCUAAACAAAACUGCCAUAGGAGAUUAUUUAGGGGAAAGAGAUGAUUUCAACAUUAAGGUUCUACAGGCUUUUGUGGAGCUUCAUGAGUUUGCAGAUCUUAACCUGGUUCAAGCUUUGAGGCAGUUUUUGUGGAGUUUCAGACUUCCGGGUGAAGCGCAGAAGAUUGAUCGAAUGAUGGAGGCUUUCGCUGCUCGAUAUUGCCAAUGUAACCCAGGUGUCUUUCAGUCUACAGACACGUGCUACGUUCUCUCAUUUUCUGUCAUCAUGCUGAACACCAGCCUGCACAACCCCAAUGUUAGAGACAAGCCCACUGUGGAGAGGUUCAUCUUAAUGAACCGGGGCAUCAAUGAGGGUGGAGAUCUGCCCGAGGACCUGCUCCGAAAUUUAUACGAGAGAAUUAAAAAUGAGCCUUUCAAAAUUCCUGAAGAUGAUGGGAAUGAUCUAACCCACACAUUCUUCAAUCCGGACAGAGAGGGGUGGCUGUUAAAAUUAGGUGGGCGAGUGAAGACCUGGAAGAGGAGAUGGUUCAUUUUGACAGACAAUUGUCUGUAUUACUUUGAAUAUACAACAGACAAAGAGCCUCGAGGGAUCAUUCCACUGGAGAAUCUCAGUAUAAGAGAGGUCGAGGAACCAAGGAAACCUAAUUGCUUUGAGCUCUACAACCCCAGUCACAAGGGGCAGGUAAUAAAAGCAUGCAAGACGGAAGCCGACGGGAAGGUGGUGGAGGGGAAUCACGUGGUGUACAGAAUAUCAGCGCCCACUCCCGAAGAGAAGGAAGAGUGGAUUAAAUCCAUCAAGGCGAGCAUCAGCAGAGACCCUUUCUAUGACAUGCUGGCCACCAGGAAGCGGAGAGUCGCCACUAAAAAGUGAAAGCUGUGUAAAUGUUGAACCUUUAGCUUGGGCUCAACUGAUCAACGGACUCUUCUGAUCUUCCAGGUGACAGAAAAGAGCUGUCAGAGUUAAGGAUGAAGUAGGACAAUAUUGUUAAAAUUAAAUUGUGAAGUUAAAAAGUGCUAAUCUAAAGGAUGUGGGUUUAGAAGAUUCUCGCUCUGGUGAAAACACAAUGGAUUGGAUGGAGAAUGUUUGAUGGUGCAGUUAUAUACUGUUUUUGUGUCUGUCAAAAACGAACUUUAAAGAGUGAUAACCUAUAAAACUGCUACAAUAUCUGCAUCAUUUCAAAUGUGGGUCCAAUGUACAGUGAGUGGCGCCCCCUGCUGCCUACAGCAUGAAUCACAAACGUUCAGGUUUGUUUUCUUAGAUUCUGUAGAAUUUUGAAGUGAUUAUGCAAUUUCAAUGUACAUUGUUUUUUAAACAUUUCAAGUUUUAUUGUAGUGCUGUUAAAUACUGUUCAAUGUAUUCAUUGCAUCGAUCGUUUAAAAUGUUCUCAUAGCCAUUUAAAUCAGCAGGACUGGUUCUAUUAAUUCCAACACAAGUAAUCAGACAACAUUUGUACAUUCUAUUUAUUUCUUUUGUUAUAAGGUCUUUAAUAGUAUUUUGAAAUAUGCUGUAAAACUAACAUUUUCUUAUGUUCCCUCAAUAUGCUGGUAAUACUUUGUGUUCUCAACAAUAAUACAAAUUCUUCACCCAUGUGAAUGCUUUAUUUUAUUUAAACAGUUGCUGAUGUUAAAACAUUUGUUGUAUUUAUGAACAUUUGUAAAUGUGUUACUUUGAUUCUUAUACAUAUGCAUCAAAAGGCAAUGAUUGAUUAUUUUUAUAGCUAAAACAGGCUCUUAAAUGUAGAUUUUUUUGGUCUGUAAGAUAUGUUGUUGUUUAAUGCAAAUACAAUAGAAUAAAUACAAAUAUACUAAUCCAGCCCUGUUUACUGAAUCAUGAUAUAGAUCAAAUAAACUACAGGUAGUUAAAAAUAAAUUUGCUGUAUUUUAAGCAAGGUCAAGUAACCAUCUCUAGUGUCUAUAAUACUUAUCAUAUUAAACUUUGAAAAUACAGAAAUUGAAUUAAUUUUUUACCUGUUUUGUGAAGGACCAUGGUUCAGGAAAAUAAUAGAUUGAUGUUUUUGUCAGGUACCACUAGAAAUGUGAAUAUGCUUGGAGGUCAGAUCUCACUUUGGGAGGCGGCAGCGAUGGUGCAGGUGGCAGAGCUAGGCUAAAUUUUCUAUACUCAAUUCAAAACAGAGGUAUAAAUUUUAUUGCAAUGGAUUCAUGUGCUUUAGCUUCUGUUAAACACUUUGAUGUCAAAUGUAAAUAGUAUGUGUUAUGAAAUGGUGUUAUGGAUUUACAACAUAUUUGUUAAAAAUGUUGCCAAUACCAUAAUUUGAUUUGCAUGUUGCUAAUUUUGUGUAGCGCUCAUAAUUCACUUAUAAUGUGAAAUGUUUUGUUCAGAGAUAAUCUACACACAAAAUAAUGGGGUAUAUUGUUGCUUUCUGUAUGUUUUUAGAAAGCCAGUAAAUGGGCAUAGUCACAAACAAGGACAUGAACAUAAAACAUAUGCUAUGAACAACUUUUGAAUUCUUGUCACUAAACAUUCUGAACAAUACUUUGCACAGAAGCUUUGGGAAAAUACAAACUAAAUAACAAUGAUCGUUUGCUAAUCUACUUUAUUAACCAUGUUAACACUGUAAAAUAAUUCUGUAGAAAUUACAGUUUUAUUGGCAGGUUACCAGUAACUGUAGAUUUCAAUUUAUGUAAUUUAAUGGUUUGUUCAAAGAAAAAUUACCAUUAAACAUUAACUUUAUAUUUACAGAAAAAAACAUAAAAUAACAGCUUCAUGCAAAGCAUUCUGGGAACAAAAUUCUGAAAAAGAAGGUUAAUGAUUCUGGUUCCCAGAAUGCUUUGCAUGAGGCUGUUAUUUUAUAGGGUUUUUUUCUGUAAAGACUUGUUAAUGUUUAAUGUUAAUUUAUCUCUGAACAAACUGUUGCCGGCAAAUUACAUGCAUUUAAAUUUACAGUAAGUUACUGGCAACCUGCUGCCAGUAAUACUGUAAUUAUUAAAAACAGUGUUGAGUUUGUUUUUAAGGAAGCCCAGGAUAAGACAUUUAGUAUUGUCAGUCAAGGACUUUGAAAGGCCUUUAGAAAAUAAAAAUGUCUUUAACUACCUUAAACUCUAUGGGGCGGUUUCCCAGACAGGGACUAUAGGCUUAUGGCCUGUCCAGUAAACAGACCCUAUAAUGGACAUUUCCAUAUUAGGUGUUAUUAAUAAUUAAUUAUUUCAAAAUGUUAUCAGCAUUAGAGACUGAGUGUACAAAGAGCAUUUUAAAUGCAAUAAAUGUAAUUAUUCUGUAAUCUUAUUCAAGGUAAAGGCAAAAAAAACCUUUUUACAAAAAGCAAAAUAAUCCUUGCUUGAAAACCUAUUUCGAUGUGAUCUUCACUGUGAUCAUGGUACAAUACAAAAGAUCAAAAGUGAAUCAUUCUCUUAUCCUGUAGACUUAAACAUUCACCUAAUCUCAAGGAUUAUCCUCACCGAAGUCACACAGAAAUGUUUAUCUUGUUUAGGUACAUCCACUAUCGCUGUCUGAAUUAUAUCUUCCAAAAUUCAACAAAACAAUGCAGGCAAUGGUUUGCAGCCAACUGCAUUCGAUUCAAAAUCCCAGUUUUCCAUAUAAUUUUUUUUGUAC